AUGACAUUGGGCUGUCCUGGCCUCCAAUACCAUCCUAUUGAAAUGGAACAGCAACAGAGUAUCUGGUCUCUUUAUCCAGGCCUAUUCUUCCCUCUAUUCAGGCACCUUCUGGCUGUCCUGCCAGCAGAGAUGCAUCUACUAUGCGGCGUCCACUUCGACGAUACAGUCACUAUCAGACUGCUUCCGUCUGAUCUCACAGUCACUGCCAGCUCAUGUAUAUAUAGGCCCUCCAGCCUCCUUUCUUCUUCUUUUCUUUUCUUCUCUUCACCAUCACAAUCUUCUUCUUCACCUUCGUCAUCAUCCUUUGCUUCUUCAUCUUCUGCUUCUUCGCCUUCAACUUCGACUUCUCAGGCGUAA